AUGGCGGGGAAGUUGUCGAACAUCAAACAGGCCCUCCCACCGAGGGUCAGUCUUCCAAGGAAGGCAAAGUCGCGGGCUGGAGUCAGCCGUCCUCCGCUUGAUCGUGCCGCGCUGAGGGUCUUCAGCAUUCCCGAGCUCCUCGAGCAAAUUCUCUUAUUCGCUGCCUCCGACGAGGUCCCCCAGGUCCACCAGCUGCAGUCAAGCACUUCUUUGUCCUCGACUCGAGCAACAUCGAUCGCCUGGCGUCUGUUCAGUUUGCAAUGCGUCAACAAAGACUUCCACAGCACUAUCAAUGGCUCAGCAAAACUGAAGCGUCUCAUGCAUCUUCUGCCGUACGCUAACGAGAAGUUGGAGAGGUUGCCACCUGGCACUCGGGAACUCCUUCCUUUCCACAACCCGCUCUUCACCAUUUUGGACAAGCUGAAGAACAAUGGGCCAAUCCGGCUACUACGAUGGCACCAAUGGCAAUUGCAAGGCCGGGUCUGGGACUGGGAGUCCCUUGAUGUACACAAGGACACAGGAGCAAGACUGUUCUUCAUUCGGGUUUGCGGGCAGUACUGGACGGAAGAAUCGAGCUGCUUCGAUCAAACCAUAGCGGACCUGCCCCAAGGCUGGAAGACUCCAGAUGCGAGCUGGAGGAACAUCAAGAUCUGCAAUGCCAAAGACUCUCUUCCACUGAUACUGAGGGUCAGACGCGAAGACCGGCCUUGGGAUCUCAAUUGGGACAUGGGGAGGAUCGAGUUGAGCUGGUAUCUGCGAGGAGAUGAGACUUUGGGCUACGUCUUCGUUCUGUUCCUUCAGUUAUUCCAACACAUCGAUGCCAUCCGAGUGGCGAAGGGAAACAUGCGAACUAAGCUAGAAGAGAUCAAGCAGGAGAAGGCACAAAUGGAGAGAAAGUGGCAACGAGAAUUGGAGCGACCGCGGAAGGUAAGAGGGAAUCGAGGAAUCACUUCGCAGCGGGCCAUCAUGAGCGCCCAGAGGAAGUCGUGGGAGGAGUCCGAGAAGGAGUUGGCCGCAGAGCUGAAGAAGACGACGGGUGAGUGGUGGAAUUGGGUUUGGGCUGUCGAGAAGGAACAGAAUGCAAAGAAGCGGCAGUUGCAUCCUAAGAGUGGGUGGAGACAUGGUUCAGAAGUAUGA